AUGUCGGUUUUGGUGAAUGGAAGCCCUACGAAAGAAUUUGUGGUAGAGAGAGGUCUAAGGAAAGGGGAUCCGUUAUCGCCGUUUCUUUUUGUCAUUGUAGCGGAGGCGUUGAAGGGAAUGGUUAGCAAGGUGGUAGAGAUAGGUGAAUAUGUUGGUUUCAAUAUAAGGAGAAAGUGUAGUGUGGAUAUUUUACAAUUUGUGGAUGAUACUUUAUUGAUAGGAAAGGGGAGUUGGAAGCAAGUGAGGGCUAUCAAGGCUAUUCUAAGAGGUUUUGAGAUGGUGUCGGGUCUUGGGAUCAAUUAUCACAAAAGCAAAAUUAUUGGAUUUAAUGUUAGUGACAACUUUUUGGAUAUUGCUUCUAACUUUUUGUCUUGUAGGAGGGAAGAUAAUAACUUCACUUUUCUUGGUAUUCCUAUAGGAAUUAAUCCUAGAAGGAUUUCCUCUUGGAACGUGAUUUUGAACAAACUAAAGUCCCGUCUCUUGGAUUGGAAGGUGCGGUUACUUAGUUUUGGAGGUAGACUCACUCUCUUAAAAUCCGUUCUUUGUAGUCUUUCGAUAUUUAUGCUUUCCUUUUAUAAUGCUCUUAAGAAGGUGUUAAUGGAGAUAUCGAGACUGCAAAGCAAUUUUCUUUGGGGUGGAGUGGGGGAAAAAAAGAAAAUUCAUUGGGUGAGUUGGAAAUCUAUUUGCUUACCUAUUGAGAAAGGAGGCCUUUGUUUAAGAAGGAUUUGUGAUUUCAAUUUUGCUCUCCUUCAAAAGUGGCGUUGGAGAAUUCUAGGCGGUUCGAAGGAUUUAUGGUAUAGAGUGUUCAGAGCUAGAUACGAAGAUAUUAACCUCCACGUGGUUUCUUAUAAUAGCAAAGUUGAUAAGAAAUUUUCGAAAUCUACUUGGUGGACGGACAUAUUAUCUUUGGAGAAUAGUUACAAUGAAAACUUGUUUGUUGAUAAUUGUAGAUUUUUUAUUGGUAAUGGAUACAACACUUCUUUUUGGCAAUCAAGGUGGAUGGGAGAUUUUUGUUUGAAGGUUCUUUUUCCGGUGGCUUACAAUCUUUCGGAGUCUAAAUUUGUUUCGGUUGCGAGUAUGGGAGGUUGGAGGGGAGACGUUUGGUUUUAG